UAACACAAGCACAGUUCAUCGAGAACAAGAAAACAAUGAAGACUAUUGCAGCUUUUGUUCUUCUCGCCUGCCUGAUCGCUGUUGGGGUAAAAGGACAGGACAGGUCUUCAAGGGGCAGGUGCUUCUGUGCAGACAAAGGUGCAAACAUGGUUUUAGUGAGGAACAUUGAGAAAGUUGAAAUCAUCCCUCCAAGUCCAUCUUGUCGCAAACAUGAGAUUAUUGUGACUCUGAAGAAUGGUGCAGGACGGAAAUGCAUGAAUCCAGAGUCAAAAUUCACUCAAAAUGUCAUCAUAAAGGCUAUUGAAAAGAGGAGCCAGCAGACUGUGCCACACAGUACAACUGUCUCUGUGCCCCUGAAGAACACCAUGACAUCAUCAUCAGCACCAACAUCCUUCAAAUGACUUCACUGACUUAAGAUGUAUUAAUAUUCUGCCUAAUAAGUUGGAGUUCAAUUUAGAAAAAAACUAAAUAUUUCCUAAUGUCUAAGCUGAUUCAAUUAUUUUUAUGUGACCACUGGGUAACAUAU